GCCGCUUUGUAAACAUUUAUCGUCGUUCACCCACCGCGUCGUCCUUGUUGUCGCCUCCUCCGUGUUUGUGCUACGAGUUUUCGUCAUCGGCGUCAUCGGUCUCCUCUCGGUCCAGAUCCUGCAUCACUUGUUUUGGCCAAACCCAUAUAUAUAUAUACACCCGUGUACCCAUACCCAUAUACCCAUAUAGCAUCUGCCAUCCCGACGUUUCGGGUGUUGAUACAUUUUUGGCCCGUAACUUUGACGAGCGUCAAAGAGAAUUAAAGCCCCUCCGCCAUUACGGUCCCCCAGUGCCCCCCCCCAGUGUUUUGUGAUUCCAGUGAAAGUUCUGUGCUCCAAAAAAAAUUCGACAACAUCUUGCUGAUGGAAAGCAAAACGUCUGCAAAAAAUAUUAUCAAAAGUAAUAAAUGAAUAACAAAAUACAAAACAAACGCCAUCAAUAAUUCAUGGAAUAAAAAACAACACAAACAGAAAUAACCAAAAAUAAAAGCUUGCGGCGCGUCGUUCUUUAAAUAUUUUAUAAAUUAAUUCUGCAAACAGCAUAAACGAAAUUACAAAAAAAAAAGAAUACAACAAAAACAUCAGGAAUUAAUGUAGUGCCUAAUGCAAUGUGUAAUACAACCGAGUAGACCAGGAGGUGCAGCAGAUCAUUAAAUACCCGCAAACACAGUUACAAGGAAAAAUAUGAAAUACAAAUUUAUAUUUAUUAUUGAAUAAAUGAGCAGAGUAAAUAUCGCAUAUGCUACCCGUGAAAGCAAAUUGAAUUAUACAGCAAAUUAAACAACAUAUACUUGCCGUCGUGUUAUUGGAUGUUUGGCUAUUAAAGUGUAUACAACUUAAUUGGGGGUUACAAAGUGGUCCUAGCAACGACUAAGUUCAGAAAAAAAGAAGCGUGAUAUUGCAGGCGCUAGAAAUAUCAGGAACAAUACAAACCGUAUAACUCGACCCUAAAUAUAAUUUUCGGCAUCGGAAAUCUAAGAAACAGUACCAGAAAAAAAUCGAUCAUGUUGGCCUUUCACAACGAACAUAUAGCCAGUUGCGCUUUUCUGACUUACUUCAGUCCGGAGACCUCAGCCACGCCUGCCACAUCGCCCACUUCGGGGGCACAGGCUUCGCUCCACAAUGACAAGCAGUCCAUUGCAGGGAUGAACCGUGCUUUACAGCUGAAGCCAGCUGAAAAUGAAAGUCGCAGCGAGCAUUUAGAUCGCAAGCUGUUCGUUGGCAUGCUCAGCAAACAACAGACCGAAGACGAUGUUAGACAAAUCUUCCAUCCGUUCGGCACUAUAGAGGAGUGCACCAUUCUUCGCGGCCCGGACGGUGCCAGCAAAGGCUGCGCUUUCGUCAAAUUUGGUUCGCAGCAGGAGGCCCAGUCAGCAAUAACCAACCUACACGGAAGUCAAACUAUGCCGGGAGCAUCCUCCAGCCUGGUCGUCAAAUACGCCGACACGGAGAAGGAGCGACAAAUACGGCGCAUGCAGCAAAUGGCCGGUCACAUGAACCUCCUCAAUCCGUUCGUCUUUAAUCAGUUCAGUCCGUACGGCGCCUACGCUCAGCUCCCCUCUCCACCGGAAUUGCAGCAGCAGCAGCAGGCCGCCCUGAUGGCAGCCGCUGCCACGGCGCCCGGAUCCGCUGCCUACAUGAACCCCAUGGCGGCCCUGGCAACGCAGAUACCUCACGGCCUCAACGGCACCGGCCAGCCCCCCUCGCUGCCCUCGCCGACCAUGCCCAACUUCAACAUGGGCGCCAACACGCCCAACGGCCAGCCCGGCGGAGCGGCUGCCGCUGCCGCUGCGGCGGCCGCUGCGGACGGCGUCUUCACGAACGGCAUUCCACAAACCGCAUUCCCAGGACAUCCACUGCACUUGACUAUACCGCCACAAGGUUUGCCAAACGGCGAUGCUGCUGCCCUGCAACAUGCCUUCCCUGGUCUGCCACCGUUUCCAGGAGUUGCCUUUCCCGCCGUCUAUGGACAGUUUCCACAAGCUUUACCACCUCCCCUAGCGGCGGUUGCACCCACUCAGCGUGAAGAUUUUCUGAUGUUCCCAGGAUGUUCGAUAUCCGGACCCGAGGGCUGCAAUCUCUUCAUCUACCAUUUGCCCCAAGAGUUUGGCGAUGCCGAGUUAAUGCAAAUGUUCCUGCCCUUUGGCAAUGUGAUCAGCUCCAAGGUCUUCAUCGAUCGUGCUACAAACCAGAGCAAAUGUUUCGGUUUUGUUUCAUUCGAUAAUCCCGCCAGCGCUCAAGCGGCCAUUCAGGCCAUGAAUGGCUUCCAGAUUGGCAUGAAAAGACUGAAAGUUCAAUUGAAGCGGCCAAAGGAUGCCAGUCGACCCUAUUAACAAUCGGAGUUCCUUAAACGCAAUUCACAACAACAACAACAACAACAACAAUUACAACUACAACCAACUGGGGCAACAACAUCAGCAACAGCAGCUUUGCCAACAACUACAGCAUUUUCCGCAGCCACGCCCACAUCGGGCGGACUAAGCUCCGCCUCCGCGACAGCAACAACAACAGCCCACUAUAAUAACCUUAGCAGCAGCUUUAGGCCAACUUUGCCCACUGAGAGCUCCACCCACAAUGCCCAUAUGCCCUACACAUUUGCCAGCUGGCGCAGCGGUACCUAUUGCUAUCGCAACAACAAUAAUAACGACAACUGCAGCGACAACAACAACAACAACAGAAACGAUCCAGAGUCUCAGUCCCAAAAUGAUCCACAACAACCCAAUACCAAUUGCUCCAAGGUGGAACUGGUCGAGAGACUAUUCAUGUGGCAACAACAAAAGCGAAAGGCCUAAGUGCAACAUCAACGGCAACCACAACAGCAACCAGAACAACUGCAGCUACAAUAAGGAGCAACUAUUGAUGGGAUGGUCGUCAGCCAUGCUAUGUGAAAACGAUUAUAGAAACUAAAUACAUGCAAAGAGUAUGUAACAAAAAAAAAAAUAAAAAAUAGUAAACAAGAAAAAUGUAAAUUAAAAAAAGAAAACACCUUAGAGCUGAAAAAAAUGAAUAGAUUUAUAUAUAUAAUAUAUUUAUAUAUAUUUAUCCGAUUAUACAUUCAACUGAAUGCAGUACAGCAGUACAUACAAAAUAAUAAGAGAAAACCAACCACAAACAAAAUUAUAAAAUUGAGAAAAACCAAAAGAAUGACAGAAUUUUUGCCAAAAUAUCGAUUUAAUAAAAGUAUAUAUUUAUAGAAGCAAGGAACAAAAACAUUGAUAUUGAUAGUUUUGUUAACAACUAAAGAACAAGAACAUUGCACACCAGUACACUCCCCACACAGAACACAAAACUUGAGACAAAAACUGACUGGCAAGAGACCAAAAUUAUCUGGGUUUUCAAAUAAAAAAAAAA